AUGGCAUGUGAAAUAAGUCGGGAGGAAGGUGAGGAGGGGGGAGGAGGCGGGCAGAUGAGGCAACCAAAACAAAAAUAUGAUAUUUUGGAAUGGGAGAAGCUGCGUGAGAAAGGAAACGGGUCGUUAAAUGGGAAGGGUGUGGGAAUUCCCACGCUACGAGAUGAGAAACUAGAGCCCUCACAAAUUCUAUCAAAUAUACCGGUUAUUUGGGAUGUGUAA